AUGUUACCUGCUUCGUUGCCCAUAUCAAACUGCUGGCAUCGCCAGCCGUCGCAUCAGUAUCGCCAUGCCGUCGCAUGCCUUUCCCGAUUGCUCCUCCCGCACGUCGCUCGCAGCGUGCGACGCUGCGAGUUCCAUGACGCCAGCCAAUCCUUAGAGCAGUGGCUCUUCCGGUCGCGAAGCCUCCCUGCUGCUGUCGAUCGUGCAUCGUAUCGCGAAGACCUCGACGAAACCUAUGUUCGAGAGCAGGGAGCCGAUCCAGCUGUUACAGGUGACACUUCAACAAAAUUCGCAUCGGAAUGUAACGCAGCACUGCCGUACGGCGAUGCGAACGUGGCAAGGGAGUUCCUUCCCAAGUCACGCGGCCGUGAACUCGACGCUUACUCAAUCCUCUCCUCGCAAACCCCUAAUUACUCGCUCGUGCGGCAGGCUCCACCCCCACUCCCCUCAACUCAAGACCUGACCCUCCCUCCCUCCCUCCUCGCUUACAAAUGUCAGCCCGACCGUUCCUUAUCUCCCCGUCUGACCCAUUUGACGUUUGGAAUUUCCCGACGGUUGGAUUCUUCCGAUCCGUCGCACCGCCACCGUCGAUCUCACCAUCCUUCUCACCGUCCGUCUCUCGAGGCGCGGUUCCAUCACUCUCUCUCGACCUCCCGCGUUCGCGACUCGUCGAUGCACGACGAGCCGCCCCACCAGCUGCAGCAGCCGCGUCAGCAGCGGUACGCCGCGAGCCUCGCGGCUGCAACGGCGGCGCGGGAGGAAGAGGACGACAGGAUGGACGCGGAGGAGGAGAAGGAGGAGGAGGAACGAGGGGAGGAGGAAGGCUACCGAGAGAAACGUAAGGAACGGGGGGAAGGAGUGGAGCGAGAGGAGAAGGCGACAUUAACGCAAGGGGAAGGCGUGAUUAAUUCUGAUCCUUCUACUACCAUAAUCAGACCAUCUGGCAUAGAAUACCCGAAGGCGGGAUUAGCCAUGGCUGACGGUGCUAGUGCCGGGGAGGAAGUCGUGACGGACGUGUUGACGGACUCGUUCGGGCGGCAGCACAGCUACCUGCGCAUCUCGCUGACAGAGAGGUGCAACCUGCGGUGCUCCUACUGCAUGCCCGCCGAAGGCGUGGAGCUCACUCCGAAAGAACACUUGCUUUCAACGGACGAGGUCAUUCGCCUGGCGGCUGUGUUUGUGUCGCAAGGCGUAACUAAGAUCAGGCUCACAGGCGGCGAGCCCACAGUCAGACGAGACAUUGUGGACAUUUGCCAGUCGCUCUCCGCCCUGCCAGGGCUCAGCACCCUGGCUCUCACAUCAAACGGCAUUCUUCUUCCCGCAAAGCUGCCAGUGCUGAGGGAGGCGGGCCUCACCCACCUGAACGUGAGCCUGGACACCCUGGUGGAGCCCAGGUUCGAGCUGCUCACGCGCAGAAAGGGGCAUGCGCGCGUCCUUAAAGCCAUGGACAUGGCUCUGGAUCUGGGCUUUAAGCCGCUCAAGCUUAACUGUGUGGUGAUGCGCGGGGUGAACGACGACGAGAUCCUGGACUUUGUGGCGCUCACCAGAGACCGACCCAUCAACGUGCGGUUCAUAGAGUUCAUGCCGUUUGACGGCAACGUGUGGAAGACCAAGAAGAUGGUGCCUUACGCUGAGAUCAUGGCCCGCAUUAGGCAACGCCAUCCCAGCAUUGCCCGCCUCAGGGACCACCCAUCUGACACGGCGAAAAACUUUCAGGUGCCUGGAUUCGCGGGCAGCGUGUCGGUGAUUUCGUCCAUGACCAGCCACUUCUGCUCCGGCUGCACUCGCCUGCGCCUGCUGGCCGACGGGAACCUCAAAGUCUGCCUGUUUGGCCCCAAUGAGUGCUCUCGUCCAUGA